CUGAACAAACCAAAGCAAUGUGACAGAGAAGAAGGAAAGAAAGGUGCAACAACAACAAUGGGUUGCAAAUAUUUUCUUAGGGAUGAAAUCUUUUUGAGGAUUCUAAUUUUGUUGUUUGCAUCAUCAUUAUCAAUAUUUUCUAACAAUGUAGCAGCAGGAGCAGGAGGGGUGUCUGUGUUGACUUUGGAUCACACCAAUGUCUCUCAAGCUAUUUCAGAUCACAACUUCCUUGCGCUUCAGUUUUGGGCUCCAUGUGAGAAUAUGCAUAGUCUCCUAUGCAAAUUCGGCGAGGAACUUGCACCAGAGUACGAAAAGGCUGCAUCAGUGUUGAGUACUCGAGAGCCUCGAAUCGUUCUAGCAAAAAUUGAUGGUAGUGUAGAAGAGAAUAAAGAACUUCGCCAUCAGUUUGAGAUAACAGGCUACCCCACUAUUGUGAUCCUACAAAAUGGAGGAACAGACUUUCAUUACUAUGCAGGUCCUAGAGAUGCUGAUGGCAUUGUGAAAAGCCUCAAACGACUCAUAGCCCCUCCUUCAAUAGAGAUAAAAACUGCCACUGAUACUCUUAGCCUUAUCAAUGAAGAAAAGUUAUCAAUUGUUGGAAUAUUUCCUAUGUUUUCUGGUGAGGAAUUUGAAAACUUUACUGCCGUAGCUAACAAAUUGUUAUGGGAAUCCUGGGAUUAUGAUAUUUUCCACACUUCGGAUGCCAGUUUCCUUCCUUGUGGUGAAUCAUUAGUAACAAUGCCAACUCUUAGGUUACUAAAACCAUAUGAUGAACUCUUUGUUGGCACUCAGAAUUUUGAAGUUCUUGCCAUGGAAAACUUCAUUUUUGUAGCUAGCUUUCCUCUUGUGAGAAUUCUUAACAACAACCUCCCCGAUAAGAUCACACAAUUGCUAUCUCAACUUCCGGAUGAAGAGGUUAUGCUAUUUGUGGAUUUUGAUAGUGAAGAUUUUGAUAUUUUCAAGAAUAAGUAUCACAAACUUGCAGCUCUAUAUAAAAGCAAGGGAAUAAGAUUCCUCUUGGCCAAUCCAGUGACUAAUAGAAAUGUGCUCGAGUAUGAUGGCCUGACAUUUGAUCAACUACCUCUGAUUAUCAUACACAGUAAUAAUGGUCCAACCUACAUGAAACCAAAUCUAAAGCCUGAUGACAUUGCACCAUGGCUAAAUGAAUAUAAGGAGGGAAAGCUGAAGGCAUUCUUAAAAUCACAACCGAUCCCUGUAACUAACGAUGAGCCAUUAAAGGUGGUGGUCGCGGACAGCCUUGAUGGUUAA